CUCAACGAAGACAUAACCAACACCACACCACAAACAUGCGUGUUGAAACUUGUCACUUCUGUUCCCGCCCGGCCUUCCCGAGUAAGGGCAUCACAUUCGUCCGCAACGAUGCCCGACAAUUCCGCUUCUGUCGGUCCAAGUGCCACAAGAACUUCAAGAUGAAGCGUCAGCCCCGCAAGCUUAAGUGGACCAAGACUCACCGCGCCGCCCGCGGAAAGGAGAUGAUCGUGGAUUCGUCGCUUGUCCUGUCCCAGUUCGCCAAGAAGAGAAACGUCCCCGUCAAGUACGACCGCAACCUUAUGGCUGCUACCAUCACUGCCAUGGAGAGAGUGGAGGAGAUCAGAACCCGCCGCGAGCGUGUGUUCACGAAACGCCGCCUGGCCGGCAAACUCGCCCGCGACCGCCAGCGCGAGGCGGACCGCAAGGUCGUCAACGAGGGCGAGCACCUCAUUCGGAAGGAACUCCGCGAGCGCGAGGAGGGUCUCCCCAUGGUUGCCGAGCAGAGCAAGGUUUCCAACAGAGUCCACGGCGAGGAGAGAAUCCGUCAGAAGCAGAAGGCCAAGCUUUUGGUGGAUGGUGGAGUGGAGGAGCAGAUGGAUAUCGACUAAAUUUUUUAUCCUGGGCAUCUAUUUUCUUUUGUUUUAUGCUUUC